AUGGACAUCAGCUUAACUGAUUGUCAGAUUUGGCCAGACCGUUAUAGUGGUGUUAGCGGCGAUAACCUGCUACGAAGAGCUGCAUGCCAAGAAGCCCAGGCUUUUGGCAACCAGCUUAUCCCUUCCAGUAUGCCGUUGAAGAAAGCAACAGUGUUCCUCAACCCAGCAGCUUGCAAAGGCAAAGCCAGGAACCUUUUUGAAAAGAAUGCUGCUCCAAUUUUGCACUUAUCUGGCUUGGAUGUAACUGUGGUUAAGACUGAUUAUGAAGGCCAAGCAAAAAAGCUGCUGGAAUUGAUGGAAACUACAGAUCUGAUCAUUAUUGCAGGAGGAGAUGGCACAGUACAAGAGGUCAUAACUGGACUUCUCCGCAGAGCAGAUGAGGCUGUCUUCAGUAAGAUUCCUAUAGGAUUCAUACCUCUUGGAAAGACCUGCACUCUGAGCCACACACUCUACCCUGAGAGCACGAACCAAGUCCAGUAA